UUGUAACGAGGCGGUCGGUCGGAAUGGGCACCCGCGCCGGCGGCUCGUCGUGCCCGCACGUGGUGGCGUUGAAGGAGUCGCGCGGGUUGGACACCUUUCGGAUCAUCCUCUCCAACUUCGUCUACUGCAGGUCUCCCCGUGCUCGCCGCUUGAAGGCCCAGUCCUGCAUAUGUCACGACUGUGCAACUACUGCUGACCGGUUGCAUUGCUGUCUAGAUUGUGUGUACUUUGGUUGUUAUGGCAACCAACACAUACAGGAACAUGCCAAAUCUCAUAGACAUCACUUAGCUUUAGACCUUUCCUACGGGGUGCUACUAUGUGGGACGUGUGGAGACUAUGUUUAUGAUGAAGAUGUGAAUAAAGUCUUACACGAGGAGAAGUACAGGGCAACACAAGGUACUCAUGCCAAUGGCACAGUGGCAUGGCAGCCAUCCUCCAAUGAGCUCAACCUGCUACAACACAACCCUAAGAGAAGGAAGAUCACACACAACUCUACAAUAGGUCUGCGUGGCCUGAUCAACCUAGGCAAUACCUGCUUCAUGAACUGCAUAGUCCAAGCCCUGAUGCACACCCCCUUCCUGCGGGACUUCUUCCUGUCAGACAAACACGAGUGUCUGAUGAUCCAGAGUCAGAACCACUGUCUUGUCUGUGAGAUGUCCAGGCUCUUUCAGGAGUUUUACUCAGGUUGUCGCUCCCCCCAUGUUCCGUUCAAGCUGCUGCACCUGGUGUGGACACAUGCACGGCACCUGGCAGGUUAUGAGCAGCAAGACGCACAUGAGUUCUUCAUCGCUGCCCUAGACGUUCUACACAGACAUUGUAAAGGUGACACAGACCACUCUAACCACCACAACCCCCACCACUGCAACUGUAUCAUUGACCAGGUCUUCACUGGAGGUCUUCAGUCAGAUGUGACAUGUCAGGCAUGCCUAGGUGUGUCAACAACAGUGGACCCGUUCUGGGACAUCUCCCUGGACUUGGGAACCAGUAUAGCCCAGGCAGACUCUCAGGAUAUACUGACUGCAGGGUUUCUGACGGCAGGUGCUAGUGCCAUUACAAAUGGUAUCUCCUACACAUCUACCUCAUUGACAGAUUGCUUGAAAAGAUUUACUCGGCCUGAGCAUCUAGGCUCCAGUGCCAAGAUCAAGUGUAGUCAUUGCCACAGCUACCAGGAGUCGACUAAGCAGCUCACCAUGAAGAAACUACCUGUUGUAGCCUGCUUUCACCUUAAGAGAUUUGAACACUCCACAAAAUUCCGGCGGAAGAUCAGCACAUUUGUGUCCUUCCCUGUGGAGCUAGACUUGACUCCGUUCAUGGCUCAUAGACGAAAUGGUCUGGACACAUUCAGUAUAUCCCCAGGAGAGAUGUGCCCUACACCAGCUAGUAAUGAGAACAGAUAUUCCUUGUUUGCUGUUGUAAACCACCGAGGUUCCAUAGACUCCGGCCACUACACGUGCUUCAUCCGCCAGCACCGCGACCAGUGGUUCCGCUGCGAGGAUGACAUCAUCACCAAGGCCACCGUUGCAGAUGUAGUCAAUAGUGAAGGGUACCUCCUGUUCUAUCACAAGCAGCUGGUGGAGUACGAGUGACCUCUGACCCACUGAUGCCAAAGGCUGAUGUACCAACAGGACCUGUCUUUUGCACUAUCAACACAGCUUAAGUUUCUCCUUUUCUUAUUUCCACCUCCUUUUGUUGCCAUCUUUCUUUCUGUGAUCCAUGUCCAACAUGAGGAAAUAUCUGCAGUCUCUUACUGGAGAUCUGUAAAUUUUUUUUCUUAAAGUUACCCAUGAACUUACUCAAGGCCAGUAGUGAGUCUAAAGAUUGAAGAGUUGCAUUUAGUAUUAACUUGCUCUGUCUCUUUGCUCUGCUAAUCAAAAGAACUAUAGUUGUAGUGUUAAAGCGAGUACUGUAUUGUUGCACCUCAGUUGUGCAUGUCAUCUUUGGUGGUGCUAUUAGUGAACAUAAAAAGAAUGAGCAAGCUGACCCGCACAAUUUCUUACCAUUGUGUUACUACAAAUAUUAUUUCCUCUUAAACAUUUGAACCGAAGCAGCCAAGCGUCAUUUGAGAGACAAUUUUCGGGAAGGUAACAAAUGCAAUCAUGGAACUGGAAUCAAGAGAACAGACUUUAUUAUAAUAUCAAUUUUUGUUUUGAACCAAACCUUGCAGAAACAAUGCACAGCCUUUUUUUAAAAGACACACUAACUUUAUACAGUUGAAACUCUAAAAAUGGUAGAAAAGAUAGAUGUAAACAGUAGUGAGAUAAUAGAGAAUUAGUAAUAUGACUCUACUGCUGUGGCCUUACCGUCACAAAUCAGGGUUCCCAUGGUUAUACACAAGAGAAGAAUGGAGACUUGUCUGUUUAGGGCCAUUUUUGGUGAUACCUCAGGGGUGGAUCCCUUCUCUGUUUUUCUUAACCAAGUCUUUGAUAGUGUUUCUACAGAUAUUCUUUUCGAUGACAUAUCCAACACUACCAAAGACAACUUGCCAAAUGUGUGUCUGUAGUUUGGAGGGUUUUUCUGCCAUGACUGUUUCUUUCCACAACUUCAAUGAACAAACAGUUCCCUAGUUUGUUGUGUAAAUUCAUGUUCACCCAUUUAAAGGCCCGUUUUUCUUUGCCUAAGUUUUUGCUGACUGUUUAGUUCUUUACCACUCUGCUCCUUUUAUUGCAAAAGACAGACAUACCCUGAAUAUCGUGCCAUAUCAAGUUUGCAAUGUUAGAUGUACCAUGAAGGAUAAGAAGAAACCCGCAGACAAAGUGUUGCGAUGUUGUUUCAUACCACAACAAAAUCCUCCAGUGGAUGAGUCAUAUCUGCAGCACACCUUCAAUGAAGGAAAAGGUCAUGAGUGUGGGUUAAUGUCUGUGAUGGUGUGUUCAGAGAAAAGAUAAUGCAAAUGUAACGUUAUAGUUGCAACUAUUGCUGCCAGUAAAGUAACAAAGUGACACAGUAAGCAGUGAUUUGGUAGAAAAAGAAAAAAAAAUUAUGAUGAUGAUUGAAUAGCUUACAAUGCCAGUGCUUUGGGGACCUUAGUUUGAUAGUAUGAAAAGUAUGAAAAAAGGUAUAAGGAUCUCAAGAAAGCCCUGAAGUAACAAAUACGAGAGUCUGUGCCAGAAAAAAUAGACCCAAGGCUGCUGUUCAACUUGCUUGUGGGAAGGUCCCAAAAGCGCUGGAAGUGUGAGUGAAUAACAUUAGAAAAUAUGACCAGUUUUCUGAUGACUGUUAACUAGGCUGAAAUAUGUUCCCCACUGUAUCAGUUAUGGUGUUCAUGUACCCGAAGAAAAGUGGAAAAAAAGUUGACUUGAGUGUUAGGCACAAGGCUCUGGAGUUGUAGGGCACCAACUCUUUAUCAUUACUUUAGAUCCCAGCAAAAUCCUCAGAAGGAGUAAAUGUUGGGGAGAACAUUUACAUGCUGCUAUGACAUAAUACAAGAAAUACUGCAGGGAUCUAUGUACCAGUCAGGAGGUGUACAUGUAGUGCCGUCAGUGCACACAGCACUCAGCUACAGAUAUCAGAUGACAUUCAACUGGCAAGCCUACCCAUCCCUUGUGUGCAUAUUGUAUUAUCCAUGUUGUUCUGUCUUCCACAGGUUGUAUAAAUCAUUUAGACCAUACAUAUGUCCACAGGUGUUGCGUCUCAUGUCUGGAGUAAAAGUACAGAAAGAUGUGAAUCUAUCAAGUCAUCAGCUUGCCAGUUUAUUUUGUAUUUUUUCAUACAGAAAAACGUUUUCUCUUUUUUUUAUGUAACGUUUUCUUUUUGUACAGUAAGAUUACAACUGAAUUUGUUUCUUAUACAUGUACUGUACUUGCAAAUCCUAUUUUUGGACCAAACUUACUCUGACUAUAUGAGUUGCAUAUAUGUGUGCAUUCCAUUGUAUCUGAAGACUUGUAGGGAUUAUAGUGAGCCUUGCUAGUUGUGCAUAUGUGACAAACGGCCAAUGCUGAACUGUUGUUUUUGUGCGUCCAUUGAGAUGGCUGAGAUACUUACACCAGAAUUAUUAUUAUGUGCAACAGCAUGUAAAAAACAAAGAGAUUCUGCCAUAUCUUGACUAUGAGAUGUUUAUAGUAGGAACGUCAUUUUGCAAUAAACGCAUUUCCUUUAUCAUUCC